AUAACAAAAAAUGCUGACCCAACAAUCAAGUUAACCGCAUAAUAUUACUUAUAAUAUGAGAGUCUCAAAACUUUUUUCUUAGUUCUCUGUGUCUUCAAAUUUCUCGUUUUUCAUAUUUCUUGUUGAUUUAUUGUUGACCAAAAAGAAAAAGAAAAAAAAUAAUAUGCGAAGAAAACAAGGAAAUUAAUUAAUUAAUUACAAACCAUUAUUAUUCUAAUUGUCAAAUAUUGUAUAUAUAUAUAAUUAUAUAAUAUGCAACCAGUUGUAUAUUUUACUGUCAUGAAAAUAAUUAUAUUAUAAUGAGGAUACAUCGGUUUUGUUAUAAAUGAAGUUACCCUUAUAUUUUAAUUUUUUUAUCAAAUUCCAAACUUGGUGUGUAAAUACCUUAUUAUAUCUUUUGUUACUGCAGAAAUUUCGUUGUCUGUGCGUGUAUACUUUUUCUCGAGAUUUUUUUAUACAUCUGCCAAUUACUAUCUUACCGACGGACGUGGUCUUGAAGCUGAGCUUCGUGGCCUAUCGAAACGCGACAUGCGAUGUCUCCAGUAACCUAAAACUUUGACAGUUGGAUGUUGAAAAAAAGGGUUGAAAUAAUUAUUUAAAAUAAUACAGCAGAUAUUGAAAAAUGUCCGCUUAUUUUUUUUACACUCUGUUUUACUUUUUAAUGUCAGGAUGCAUUGUUUAUCCACCGACGGAAUUCGUCUCUGCUGGAUUAACGAUAAGAAAUAUAUUUGCCAAUUGGCUAGGUAGCGAAAACGAAUUUUUCAUACAGUACCACAUAAGGAGAAGCGUCAUAACCUUAUUCGUCCACUGUAUGCUGCCGUUCGGGUACGUUCUUGGACUGGCUGUAUUUGGUCACAUAGACCUGGCGCAAGUUUUGAUUGGAAAUGUGAACUUAUUUUGGUUCAUGAUAACCACAAGUGCUAUGCUCGUUCCACUUUAUGUAUUGUUCUUAAUUGUAUCUUGGGCCCUGCUAGGAAGUAAUUGGUCUACUCAUCCGAUAGCGAAGGCCCUCUCAGUUUAUUCUAACGAUAGUAAUACAUGGACAGCGGUAGCGUCAAAUAUAAACAUAGAAUAUAGAAGGAUAGAUAAAAUAGUAAUAGACACAAACAGUGUUACUCAGGUCGUUGUCACGGACAACUGGAUAAUCAAAGUUACUCCAUAUAAACUGGAUGUUGCCCAUCAGAGUGACACUGCUUUGGUGUUAAAUCGGAGCGACACGCAUGUUAUGUCACACACGUCUCGGGGAGAAGUUCAGUACGUUAACAUAGAGGUGAAGCCCACCCGACCGCGAUCUCGUUCAUUCAACAUCAGGCUAAAUGCCCUGGACUUUAAAGACUUGCAGGACAAGGUCGCUAGACCGAUCGUCGUGUUGCAAAAUGUUACGUUCCAUAGAACUCUGCUGGAUAGGUUCAUAGACACGUUCAAAGAACAGGUCGCGCAGAAUCCUCAUUACGAGACUGCGCAGGAGUUAGAACAAUGCAUUGGCUGUAUGCAGGUGACAUCAAAUGUAAAGUUGAAUAAGCUGUGUGGUGACGUUACGGAAGAACGAGGCCCCGAUGCCUGUGUUACAUGUUUUUGUCGACCUAUGUGGUGCAUAGACUGUAUGGCAAAAUGGUUUGCCUCAAGACAGGAUGAGAACUCACCCGAGACUUGGUUGUCUUCAAAAUGCACAUGCCCAGUUUGUAGAGCGAGGUUCUGUCUCCUGGAUGUAUGUUUGAUACUCGUUUCAAGUAAUUGAUUUUCAUCACAUUUUUACAUGUAAUAAAUAGCUAAUUGUUGAUUCAAAGUUUAUUAUACAUACCACAUGAUUUGUAAGGUUUUCAUUUACUAAAGAUGAGAAGAUACUCUUUCCAAGUGUUCAUAGUAAUCACGACGAUGUCAUAGAUGACAUAUAUUUUUUAAACGAAGAAUCUAAGUACCUGUAUAAAUUAUUCAAAUACCGUGAAUAGAUGAACCCUGAUCGUAUUUUCAAAUUUAGAAUCUUGAAAUAACCAAGUCUUUUCCAAUUUUUCCUAUUUUAUAUGCUUAUAUCGAAUAGCUCUCACUGCACAGUCAAACUGUAAUGUAUACAAUCUGAAUUACAAUAAGGAAUAGUGAAUAUUAGAGAUGCGUCAUGUUUUUAUAGCUCAGCAAAUCAACGGCCCAAUAUUUUUUUUUUUAAACUGCACUUAAACGUUGAAUACCCCACUCAGAAUUCUCAAACAACAAGUUUAUCACUUUUAUAUACUCAGGAAUUUCACAAAUAUUUUUAACGGGCGUUUUGUCAAGCUUAAAAUACCGUAUGAUACAAUGUAAGAUUAAGAUCUAUACGUACAUGUACGAUAUGCAUAUAUGUAAAAAUAUAAUUAUUAAUAAAUACAUAAUAUUUGAUAA